AUGCACAUCGCCUCGCCAUUUCUCUCUUUGAGCACAUCUUUCCGCUCCAGAAGCCCCAAAUCAGGCAGCGACAGCUCGAGCCCAAGUUCAACAACGACCUCACCACCCUCCUCUCCAACGUCCACCCACUCGCCCCAGAGCUCACCACACCACCUGUUCAACCUAUCCUUCCACACCUCCAAAGCCCAGCACAUAUUCCGAGGGCACCCCGACAGUGCCAGGCACACAAAUACUAGCCCCGGAAAUUCAGCCCGCCCCCGCCCGGCCUCCGACGGCCCACACAAUUCCAACGCCGUCAGCGUGCUCCCCUGCGCGGUCCUACGUGGCCGCUCAGCGAUGGUUAUCCGCCGACGAUUGUCUAAGAUCGACCUGGCGCUGAGUGAAGAGCGGUCGCGAUGUGACGAGGACGCUAUUGAGCGGCAGGGGUUGGGGCUGAUGGAGCCCCGGCCGGUGGAUCUGGGGAUUGGGGAGGUAAAGCCUAACUUCGUGAUGGGCGGCAUCUUUGAGGUUAUGGAGGGGCGGGCUUAG